AUGAUCAUCGCGCUCGUGGGUACACCCUCGGCGGGAAAGCACACUGUGCUCGACUACCUCGUCGCGAAAUAUGGGUUCCAAGCCCUCACCUUGAACGCCGACGCUGGGCCCAACGCUCCCAACGCUGUCUCGGCUCCCAACGGCAACGGCACAGCGACGACACGGUCUCCUUCCUCGUCUUCGCACGAGCACGACACCGCCGUGUUUACCGACGCCGACACCCUCCUCGAGCACGUCACGCGCAACUGGCGCACGCACUAUGUGACCACCUCGCUGCAGACGUACGCCGAGGUCGAGCCGUUCUUGAAGCGGCCCUUCUUCCUGCUCGUGGCCGUCGACGCCCCGUUGCGCUCGCGAUACCUGCGCGAGGCGGCGCGCGCAAACGGGUGA